UCUGGAGCUGCCGGGGAGGAGCCUACACAGACGCCUGGAGUUUCCCUGGCAACCAUGUCCCUCCCCUCCCUGAAGGUACCAGUUCCCAGGGCUCCUGUGCGCUGUGGGCAGUGGCCUUCGAGUCGCGGGCGCUUCCCAUGACGGACGGACGGGGCGGCCGGGCCUUCCAGCGGGCUCCGCGCACCUGCAGCCGAGGAUGACGUGGCAUCGCUGAGGUGGCCCUCCCAGCAGCCGGACCCACCCUGGGCAGCUCCCCACAUGGUCGGGUCUGAAGACCUCGAGGAGCCAGGCCCCUGGGGGAAGGCCCGCAGCCUGCCCAUGUGGUCCACAGGCCCGGAGGUCAGGGAUGGCGACAGCUCGGUGUCAUCGGGCCGCCUCUCGGGUUCUUCGGGGGGCCAUGAAGUGUGUGUGUCCUGGAAGGAGAGGCCCCCUCAGGUGUUGGGGCCCCGGUGGCGGCCCAGAAAGAGUGACCCACGGCUGGAGCAGCUGAGAGACAAGAUCCGGGCCCAGGCGUGGCAGCAGGGGAGCUGUGCAUCCCUGGGCACCUCAGCCCCCUCCAGCACCUCCAGACGCCACAAAGCCUCCGUGUUGGCGCUUAGGAGGAAGACCCAAGAGGCAAAAAAUCCCCCUCCAGCCCCUGAAUGCUCAGGUUUCGGCAUCUUGAGCGCGGCUGAGCGCAGAGUUGAAGCCAAGGCCUCCCGUGGCCAGGGGCACGCGCUCUCCAGGGUCUCCCAGCAGCAGGUUCCUGUUCUAAGGGAAAAACCCAAAAGGGCCAAGAGCAGUUCUUGCAAAAGAGAGAAGACUCCCAAGUCACCCUACCCUAGAAGACCAGCCAAAGACAAAGACAAAGACGAAGAUUCGGAGCUGGUUGGUGUUUACGCCUGGAGAAAGGGACAAGCUCUGGUGAGGUCGCUGCUUGGGCCCCCUCCCGUCCUCCGCAGGCUCCAUAGCAAGGAUCCCUGGAGAGACCCAGCUCUCACCGUGGACUUAGGAGACAGCGAGAAAGUCACAGCUGCCGAGUGCUCACCGGUUUGUGCCCAGUGUCCCGGUGCCACCUCCGCCCACAGUGACCAGCAGGUGUCCGGGAACACACCCAGCCUGGCUUCCUUCGACCAGCCGGCGACCAUCCAGACGGCCAUGGCCAUCCUACGAGACCUGCGCCAGCAAAUCCAGGCUGGUCUAGAACUGGCCCAGACCCGCAAGGGAGGGCAAGAGCUGAGGCCAUCAAAGCGGAGGCUGCAGGACGUGGCAAGGAAGGGCCCCUGCAGGGACCCCAGUGCCCAGAUAUCCUUCUCUAAGAGUCCCUGGGCCAUGACGGAGGGGAAGCGUUCCUCUUCAGAGAGGGCUAGGAGUUUCCACAGCUGGGAGCCCUGGAGCUCCUCCAUCGGACGGGAGUCCUGUCCGCAGAGGGCCUGGGAGAUCCGAGAACAGGACCGUUCCUUCCAGAGGCCGAAGAGUCCCCAUGAGACGUUGGGCCACUUCUCCCGGCGGCCCUGGAGUGCGUUGGCUGGGCAGGCCUGCAGUUCGCAGAGGGCCUCGGGGGCCCAAAGACAGGGCCCCUCCUCCCAGAGGCCGGGGAGCCCCCCUGAAAAGCGGAACCCCUUUCGAACCCAGCAGCCCUGGCGUGCCGCAGCCACGCAGCCCUGUCUGCAGAGGGCCUGGACUGCCUGUGAAGACUGGGAGGCCCUUGGCCCCAGACCGUGGAAUCCUCUGGAAAGGCCCAGUCCUCCAGCACAGCGGCCCUGGAGCAGCUCCAGCGUGCAGAGGGCCGGCCCCCCGGGCAAGGGCAGAGGCAUCGGCUCCCCUGCCUCGGGUGCCAAGCAUGCCCUGCCAAGGCCCACUGGGAGCUUCCCUCAGAACCCACCUGGGAAGGAGAAGGACGUGCUACCGCCCUGCCCCAGGCCCCGGGGUCUCCUGGGACCCUCACACAGCUCCGAGUCCUUGCGGGAGUUCAUGCGCCAGAAGGCGCAGGCCCGGCGGCGGCAGGCCCUGGAGGAGAAGGCCUCGGCCCUGCGCACACAGGAGCUGAGGAGCCGGAGGUUGCAGGAGGUCUACCGGCAGCAGAGGGAGGCCAUCCUUGGCAGGGCGGUCCCCGUGGUCUCCCGGACCACCCCUGGCAUCGUGACCUUUGUCCCCAGUUCUGCGCAGUCCGCGGGCCUGGAAGCCUCCGGGAGCCUGGAGUCCCCGGUGCUGGAGUGGAGCAAAGUGACUUCUGGCGUGGUGCUGGGGGGCCAGGAAGCCCCAGGCAGCUUCUGCCUGUGUUUGAACAGAGCCUGGAACCGUGCUGAGACUCUAGAGACCCCAGGGAUGGGGGGGCCCCAAGAUGAACGGGAUGCCCCGGUACUGCUGUCAGCCUCACCCUCUCUGGGAUCUCUGGAGCCCCAGGACCUGACUACCCACUACCUACCCCGCGGGCUGUGCAUCUACCUGGACCCGAAGGAGGCCGAGCACCUGGGCACUUCCAGCCCCCUGCACCUCCAACAUAAGCAGGCGCGGCUGCAGGAGCUAGAGACCACGGCCAAAGUCCUCAAGCAACGGGUCGACAGCCUCACUGCCAAGCUGCAGGAUGCCAAGGCACCGGACACUGUCGGGGACCUAGCUGCCAGCCUGCUGCGCUUACGUGCCCACACCCUGCCUGCUGCCCCCACGCUCACCGCCCCAGCCUGCCCUGGAGCCUUGGGGCCCAACGGGGGCAGAGGGGCACCUGGGGAAUGGGCAAGCGUGCAGCCCCAGCCCCUUCUCCCUGCCACCUACUUCCUGGACGACGAGACACUGCCGUGGGGCCCCAGCUGGGAGCAACAGAGGAAUGUGAGCCCGAGGUCCCCCCACGAGAGCAAGCCCCGAGGUUUCCCAGAGGAGGGACACGUGGAUAUGAAACUGGACAAAAGGCUGCAGAGAGGUGUGGCCCCCUUCCAGGCCCUCAGCCCCUCUGCGGGGAGCUCACACGUGGGCCCAGCCACGCUGCACCCUAUCUGGGACUCCCUACAACUGGAGGAGAUGCCGUCGGCUGGAGGGGCAGACUCUGUGGCGCCCUGGACCCCCCAGAGCUGCGGUCAGCAGGAGGACCCGUGUGUGAGACACCUUCCCAGCACCCAGCGGAAGACCUCCAGCUUUCUGGAUUCUCUGAAGCUGGACCAGCAGAAGCGGGCAUUGGCCCUCCUGCGGCGGCGGGCAGAGCUGGAGGCCUGGGAGACGCAGCAGACUCUGGAUGGGCUGCUCUUCAGGAGGCAGCUGGAGCAGCUGAUGGAGAGACGCUCGACCCAGGCCGGGCCAGAGGAGGCGUUGAAGCUGGAGCAGCCUCCGAUUUGCAAGGACCAAGAGCCGACCACAGCCUCUCAGAGCACAGGGACGGCCACACCCAGGUCACACCCGCCUCUGGACACAGAUGCUGCCACGUCCUCCCAGGGUCCCGAGGACAGACGAGAGAGUGUGGUGGCCAAGCCAGCCUCUGCAGGUGACAGUGUCUUCAAAACCCCACCCAGGCCUGAAGGCAGGCAGAGCCCUCAGCCAGUGUGAACCCAAAAGGGGGGAACCGAGGCAGGUACACAGCAGGGAGGCCCAGAGGGCUACAGUGGCUGCCCAAGGCCAUGCAGAGUGGGGCUGGGAUCUGCCGUCAGGUCUGUCUGACUCC